ACGAAAAUUCGCAAAUGUGUUUUGUGCAGUGCGUGAAUACGAAAGUCUUAUUUUCUAUUAUUCAUCAAAAUUUCUCCAGAGUGUUAGUGUCCCGUGUGUGUUCUAAGAUGUCUGAAAGUCUAAAUCAAGUACCCGAUGUGGAUAUCGAUGAUAAUGGAGUCUUCAAGUACAUUUUAAUUAAUGUCGAAGACAAGAAGAGCAAGAUCAAGAAGCCGAUUGUCCGAGGAUACAGCAGAGCCGGUUACCACGGUGAGUUUUUAAACGCUUUUAUUUAA